AUGCUCCCUGACAAGGACGGGCCAGAUGUUGGAGGAGGUCAGAGGUCACCGGACGGAGAGGACCCCUCCGUGACUCUGUUCCGAGAAUACCUGCGCCUGAAAACGGUCCACCCAGAACCCGACUACGAUGCUGCUGUCAGAUUCCUGAGUAGAAUCGCAGUGGAACUCGAGCUUCCUCUGAAAAAGAUUGAGGUUUGUCCAGGAAGGGUUGUGUCCAUCAUGACAUGGGAAGGAACGGAGCCCCAGUUGAAGUCUGUCCUGCUGAAUUCCCACACAGAUGUUGUACCUGUUUACCAGGAACAUUGGAAGUACGAUGCUUUCAAGGCUUUCAAAGACGCAAAGGGCGACAUAUAUGCUCGGGGAUCACAGGACAUGAAAUGUGUGACGAUACAGUACAUCCAGGCAGUCAGAAAACUGAAGGCACAGGGAUGGAAACCAGCACGCACUGUGCAUUUGAUGUUUGUUCCCGAUGAAGAAGUUGGAGGUCACAAAGGAAUGGAAACCUUUGUGACGCAGCCGGAGUUUCAAAAAUUAAACAUUGGUUUUGCUCUGGAUGAAGGCCUGGCCAAUCCUGGGGAGGCAUUCACUGUGUUUUAUGGAGAGAGAAACCCCUGGUGGAUUACUAUUCACUGCCCCGGAAGUCCAGGUCAUGGGUCACGGUUUGUGGAAAACACCGCUGCUGAGAAGCUGCGGCAAGUCAUCAAUUCUUUUCUGGACUUUAGAGAGAAGGAAAAGCAACGGCUAAACACCAGUGAGUGUUUCACGCUGGGAGAUGUUACGACGGUGAAUAUGACAAUGGUCAAAGGGGGCGUGGCUUACAAUGUCAUCCCAGCUGAAAUGGACGUCAGCUUUGACCUUAGAAUACCCCCAACAGUCAAUCUACAGGACUUUGAAAGACAGAUCCAGGAGUGGUGUGCAGAAGCAGGACAAGAUAUCACUUAUGAGUUUGCCCAGAAACACAUGAACCAGAAUAUCACAUCAACAGAUGACACUGAUCCCUGGUGGAGCGCCUUCAGUGCUGCCUGCAAGUCAUUAAAUAUGACUUUGGAGAAGGAAAUCUUUCCAGCUGCCACAGACAGCCGUUUCAUCCGAGCUGUGGGAAUCCCUGCUAUUGGCUUUUCUCCCAUGAACCGCACUCCCAUUCUGCUCCACGAUCACAACGAGUAUCUGAACGAAGAAGUGUUCCUGAAAGGCAUCGGCGUGUACGAAAGGCUCAUCCCAGCUUUGACGAGCGUGCCCGCCUUAGCCGGCGAGGCUUAGACCCUCGCUGCCUUUAAUCCCUGUAGUUCACUGAUGAUGUGGAGGGUUAUUUACAGAGAUUACCAAAGAAAAAACACGUCUACCAUGAUGAGAACUUAACACUUUGAUGCUGUUCAUUGUUGAUGAUUCUCAGGAUAUGAUUAUAGCACUGUUACCUUUGCAUUCAUCAUUUCUGCAGCAGGUUUUUCACAACAUGAGAAUAUUGUGUAUCAUCUUAGUUCAUUAUCAUUUCCCCCGAUUUCUCAAAGUUUUCAUUUGUAUAGAAAAACAUCAGCUACUUUGUAAAUUAAUUUAAUAAAUCAAAGUAUUGCUUAAACUUGAUUUUUUACUGAUCAAAAAAAUUGUAAAUAAAUGCUAAGUCAUUAAAAAUGCUAUUUUCUUUGGUCAUUUCUUGGUUUUGAAUGUAGCAGUUUUGUUGGAUGCUUAACUAACAUGCAUUUGUUUUCAGUUUAAUAUAAACUAACCAGCAGGAAUCUACUUUAACUUUUAUUUUUUACUUUUAAAAAAUAAGAUGCUUGCACAAAUCAAAAACACAUUUUUCUUAGAUAUACUUCAGUGUUGUAUAUCUUCUUUGUCUUGCUGUAAUAUAAAACUGCAGAGCAAGUUUCUAGCUGUGCCAAUGUUGGGUUUACUUUAAGGGAUUGUUGGUCCUAAGACAAGAAACGCUCUUUUAUUUGAACACAGAUGAAGGUCUGUUGUGUUGUCUUCAAACGUUAAAGAAUUGUAUUUAUGGUGUUUGAUUUUAAAGGUGCUUUUAAACAAAAAACAGACUUUUGUUCAGCAACUAGUAAAACUAAGUAAGCAGUAUUUGGACGUAGAACAAACACAACCCUAUUAAGACAAUAAUGAUUACUGAAAAGAUUGAAAGAGUGUCUGAAAUAAAAAGUCUUGAUGUGAUAAUUGAUGAAAAAUUGAAAACAAAUUGCAUUUAUAAAAUCUGUUCUUUAAAAA